CAGAAGGGAAGGCCUGAGUGCCAGGCCCUUUUCCCCUGCAGUCAUGAACCAGGCUUUCUGGAAAACCUACAAAUCCAAAGUGCUACAGACCUUCGGUGGGGAACCCGAGGAAGAGCUGGCAGAGGAGAGGGAGAACCCAGCGUUAGUGGAGUCUGAGACAGCAGAACCCACUGAGGAGGCCUUCAACCCCAUGUCACAGCUGGCGCGGAGGGUUCAGGGAGUCGGGGUGAAAGGCUGGCUGACAAUGUCAUCACUCUUUAACAAAGAAGAUGAGGACAAGCUGCUGCCACCAGAAUCCUGUGCUGACCACCCGCUGGCGCAGCCACCCUCGCAGGCGGCGGCGGUGGCGGAGGCGGCGGAGGCGGAGCCGCGCGGGCCGGGGUUCUGGGACGCGUUCGCCAGCAGGUGGCAGCAGCAGCAGGCGCUGGCCGCGUCCAUGCUGCGGGGCGCCGAGCCCACCCCGGACCCCGACCCGGAGCCCGGGGAUGAAGCCGCGGAGGACGCCGCCCGGCGCCCCGAGCCGCAGGAGGCGGACCCCACGGCCGGCUUCAAGUGGGGCUUCCUCACCCACAAGCUGGCCGAGAUGAGGGUGAAGGCGGCCCCCAAGGGCGACUAGCAGGCCCGGGGCCGAAGGGGCUCCGGACCCCGCUCCCUCUCCAUUAAAACCCUGACCGGACACCCCGUGCAAGUGUUUUGUUUUUUUUUGCCCAG